AUGUCCAAUUCAAAUUCAACUACUCCUUCCUAUUUCAAACCAUUGGAAAUUAAAACUCUUCUCACUAAAAAGACUGAUCAUUUAGAUUUGGUCAAACCUCUCUCAAAAUUCAUUUCCAUUCAAUACGGAGAGAAUAUUCUAAGAGAUUAUGAAACACCCAUUGCUGCCAUUCAACAACGAAGAAAUGAAAUGAGAAAUCUUCAAGAGAGAAGUGAAGGAUCAAGAGAUUUAUGUAUUAGAUAUGCCAUCGAUGUCAUGCAAUUGGCCAAUCACUUUCCCAUUGAUACUGGUGUUCAACGUAUUCAACUCUCCUUCUCAUGGUACGAUAGUUUCUCUCGUGCUCGUACCUCUCAAGGUAAUUCCAAUUUUGAAAUUGCCAAUGUCUUGUUUAAUAGUGCUGUCUUGUCCCAUCAAUUGGGAUGUGCUCAAAAUAGAAACUCCGAAGAAGGAUGUCUAGAAGCAGCCAAACAUUUCCAAAUCGCAGCAGGACUCUUUUCAUACAUCCAAAAAAAGGUGUGUCCGAACAUUGUUGAAAAACUCAAUUUGGAUCUUACGACCGAAGUCUUGGAGUGUUUAAUUUUAUUAUCACUUGCCAAUGCUCAACAAUGUAUUUGUGAGAAGGCUCAUAAAAAGAAUAUGAAAAUAUCCAUUCUCUCUAAACUCUAUAUGGGUGCCUCUCAUUCCUUUAAAUUAGCAGCUGAAGUGAUCGAUUCAAGUCAAACCACAAAGAAUUUAUUUGACAAGACAUGGAAAUCCUAUUUGAGAUUUUGUCAAUUCUAUUAUGAAGCCUUUGCAUCUUAUUUGAUUGCCAUUGAAUUACAUGAACAAAUGUCCAUUGGAAAGGAAAUUACUCGAAUUAUUCAUGCUCAGAAUUGUCUUGUGGAUUGUUCUGAACAGACUCGAUCCAUUUCUGCCAUGCUAAAAAUGGCAAUGGAUGAACUGAAUACCAUUUUAGAUCGACUCUAUCAAACUGCUCAACUUGAAAAUUCAAAGAUUUAUCAUGAUCGAGUACCAGAACUCAAAGAUUUGGAACUUGUUGAGGCAAAGAGUAUGGCCAAGAUUCAAGAAGUGAAUGAUCUCUCUGAAUUAUUGAAAGAAAAGACGAUUGCAGAUCCAUUCUUUAAUUUAUUCCCAAUUCCAGUAAUGGAAGCAAAGCAAAAAUUUGAUGAAAAUCUUAAAAAGAGAAUGAAUGAAGUGUUUAGACAAGCACGUGAACAUCGUGAAUAUAUUCGGAAUGAAUUAUCUAAAAUGGGUUUACCAGGUUCCAUUAUGAUGGUUGACCAAAAAAGUGGUUUCCCCGAGGAUGUUCAUACCAAAAUUGCUAAAAUCAAAUUGGAAGGUGGUAUCAAUCGUUUGUAUGAAUUGAAACAAACAUUGGAUGAAAUGUCUCAAGAGACUAAAACACAACUUGAAUCUAUUACAAAGAAAUUAGAUGAAGAACAAAAAGAAGAUGAAGAAUGUAGACUUCAAUAUGGUGCUAAUCGAUGGCCAAGAUUGGAAUCUUCUAAAUUAACAUUUAAUUUAAGAAAACAAAUCUCUGAUUAUCAACAGAAAUUGAAAAUUGCCAUCAAUUCAGAUUCUCUCAUUGAAAAGAAGAUUAAUGAAAAUUCAGAAGUAUUCAAAUUGUUGGCACUUGAUCCAAAUUCACUCAAUGAUAAGAUGCCACAAUCUCUCUCUCAAUUGAAUGAAUCAUCUUCUCAAUUUGGAAAGUCUUUUUCAGAUCUAAAACUAUAUUUAGCACAAUUGGAUGACUUGUUGGAUCAGGAAUUACAAAUUGAAACAUCCAUUGCCAAUUCAAUCAAAUUACAAGAUAAGGAAAUUGAAUUGAAAUUACUCUCUUCUCAAUCCAAUUUGGAAUCUACUGUUCAACAAUUACUCUCUGAACAAGAAUCUAAAUUUAGAGAAUUAUUGAUCGAUUUUCCUCAAAAAGAAAAUACUUAUUUACAAUCCAUUCAAGAAUCGAAUCGACUAUUUGAACAACAUCGAUCACAAAAUUCUCUUCAAGCACAACGAGAACAGUUGUUACAAUUUGUGUAUAAUGGAAUUAACAAACAUUAUGAAAUUGCUUCAAAUUUACAAGAAGGUAUUACUUUCUACACGACCAUGCAAGACAUUACAAGGAAAUUGAUGAAUCGAGUCGAUGAUUUCAUCUUUGCAAGAAAGACUGAAAAACAAGACAUUAUGUUGAAUAUUCAACAACAAUUGAGUGGUGUGACCAUUGAUCCACAGUAUAAUUAUAUGGCCAUGAGUCAGAGUGGUGGUGGUAUUCAGAGUAGAACCCAAAUGAGUAGUAGCCUGAGUAGCCUGAGUAGUAGUAAUCCCACUACCACCACCAAUACCACCACCAUUCAACCUCAAUCCUAUACAAUGCCCAAUGUGGCCUAUACCACUCAACCUACCCCUCCUACUCCUCAGCAGUAUCAACAACAACCUCAAUACAUGCAGCAAGGAGGAGGUGCAUUUGGUCAAUAUGGUCAAGUGCCACCACAAUUUGUUCCUCAACAACAACCUUAUUACAAUCCAAAUGUGUAUCAACAACCUCAAUAUCAGCAACAACAACAACCACCAUACAGAAGACAAUAA